UUUAUGCAGACUGGAUCAUUCCGUAUGGUGUCAGAGGAGGAGCAGGCCAUGAGGUCCAAGCUGGAACAUUUGACAGUGAAGGAUCAUGGGCCGGUGUUUGGGCCGUGCCAAAAACUGCCAAGCCACACAGUGCAGAAGGCAAAGGAUGAGUUGAAUGAGACGGAUGAGAGUCGGGCGUCAUCACUGAAGGACCUGAGGGCCAUGAUGAAGGAGAGGGCAGCAGAGGGAGACGACCUGGCCAAACUGGUGCUAGAGCGCUUUGGGGACAAACCUGACUCUCUAAUGCUGCGUUUCCUCAGAGCCCGCAAGUUUGAUGUUGUCAGAUCCCACGACCUCAUGAAGGGUUACGUGCGCUUCAGGAAGGAGUAUCCUGAGCUGUUUGAGAACCUGACCCCUGAGGCGGUCCGCAGCACCAUUGAGGCGGGCUACCCUGUGGUUCUGCCCAGCAGGGACAAGUAUGGCCGCGUGGUUCUGCUCUUCAACAUUGAGAACUGGGACCUGGAGGAGAUCACCUUCGAUGAGAUCUUAAGAGCAUACUGUGUGAUCCUGGAGAAGCUGCUUGAGAAUGAAGAGACCCAGAUUAAUGGCUUUGUCCUGAUUGAGAACUUCAAGGGUUUCACCAUGCAGCACGCCUCAGGCAUUAAGCCGGCUGAGCUCAAGAAGAUGGUGGACAUGUUGCAGGACUCCUUCCCUGCACGCUUCAAGGCAGUCCACGUUACUCACCAGCCCUGGUACUUCACCACUACAUACAAUGUGGUCAAGCCCUUCAUGAAGAGCAAGCUACUGGAGAGGGUCUUUGUUCAUGGUGAUGAGCUGGAAAACUACAUCAAGGAAUUUGACGCAGACAUCCUGCCGUCAGACUUCGAUGGGAAGGCGUCUGUAGCCGACUGCCAGGCCAUUGCCACCAAGCUUUUUGGCUCUGAAGACACUGCUCUCUGA